AUGGGCCUCGAUAUAGAAUCAGAUCCGUGGCGGAGCCGGGGCUGCUUAAAACGACUCACUGCAGGUAAAUACGGAGCUGCGCCGUUUAGUUGUGUCAAACUUCUUUCUGGUGCGUUCCGAUUAUUUCAUAAUUACCUGCACAUGAUUGCUAUGUCUUUCGUGUACUGGGAUCAUUUCGUUACCCUCGACACAGAGAUUGAGUAUCUAUGGAAGCAGCCCCAAACACCCAGUGCCAGAUUGUUCUUUCUGAACAGAUAUCUCUCGUUUUUUGGGAACAUAUGUGUAACAGUGCUCGCGUUCACGACACUAUCAGUGACGGUGCGCAACCCUUCUCCAGUGAUUCAAUCGACAGCUAAUAAAUUCACAGAGCUGCCAACAUUACAAUCUGGUCCGCCAAGUGCUAUUAAUUAUCAGUCAAGUUAUUUCCUUUUAACGAUGCGGAUAUACGCUAUUUAUGCUUGUAGCCUGCGUAUUCUAUUCUAUAUGGUGGCGAGCGCCAUCAUUCUUACCGGCGUUUCCUGCUGGUCUCUCUCCGGUCAAAAACAUGUCAACUUUAAGCCCUUAUCCGGUUGUCACAUUGGUUUGGAUCGAGAUACCGCCAUUCGCAUAGCAGCAGCGUGGGAGGCACUCUUCAUAUACGAUACCAUUCUUUUUUCCUUGACGCUCUUCAAAACAUACAAAGAACGACGGAACCAUAUUACGCCCGACAUUCUGUCCCUCAUCCUCCGAGAUGGCGGUAUAUACUUCGCUGUUAUGGCCCUUGCUAAUUUAUCUAAUAUUCUUACAUUUUACUUAGCUCCGGUGAAUAACACUUUCCUUGAGCAUAAUCCUUCUUAUCCAUUACUUGUUCCGUGGCAGCCGUUUCUCCGUGGCUCUCUAUCAUCCUUUGCCAGUUGUAUUUCUGUGACAAUGAUGUCCCGACUCAUGUUAAAUCUGCAUCAGACUGCAACUAUUGGAAUAUUCUCAGCAGGCUUUCCCACUAAUGACUUGACAUUUCGAACAGUCGAGACUGCUACGGUACAAUUCGAUGAUGAUACAGAAUUGCAAGAUUUUCCAUCAGAGUCAUCUUAUCGACCUAUGGACUGUAUUUAG